GCGAAAAGCGUGUAAUGAUUGUAAACAGCAAAAACUUCGAUGUGACCUUACCUCUGCCCAAGUUUUAACGGUGUCGGAUUAUUGUAGUCGGUGCAGACGUCUCGGACUUGCUUGUAGAAUUGACGAUGGCUUUCGUCGAACUAGAAAACGAAGGCAACCAACGGACCUGGAAAGUGAAAUACAGAGCUUACGAGAGCAGUUGCGAGCCAGCCAGAGCAACACAUCAACCUCAUCCCAGCAUAACGGAACCAACUGGCCCGUUCCAGCAUCCGUUGGGACACCUGGUGUCGUGUUUAAUACCCUGAACCAGACCGAUACUGGCCUCAAUUUCUCCCCAGUGAGACCCGAUUCUACACCUGUAUCUAUAGAUUUCCCAGAUGCCACAACUAAUGAUGCGGAUCUGCAAUGUCUCACCACUCGUCCUGGUAUCGAACCGCCAACUCAGCAUCACGCCUCCACUUUCCCGUUAGCACGGCCACGAGCACUUGGUAACAUAAUUCUUCAAAUAGAGGAGAUUGACGAAUUAUUCAAUAUGUAUAUCAAGCACAACCAUCCUUACCUUCCUCUCAUCGACGAGAGGAAAAGCCCCCACGAAUACUAUGAAAGAUCGGACCUGCUGUUCUGGGUGAUUAUGGCCGUGGCAGCAAGACGGCACAAAUCGCAGCCAACUCUCCUACCCAGACUGGCUAGAAAUGUGACGGAGCUGUUGUGGAAAACCCUGCGGUCUAUGUCACACUCCAUCUCGACCAUUCGUGCGCUAUGUCUCUUGUGUACUUGGCCAUUUCCCACAAGCAGCAGCACGUCAGACCCUACGUUUAUGCUUGUGGGUAUCAUGCUCCAAAUGAGUACACAGAUGGGUCUUCAUUGUGCCUUCGAUGCUCAAGACUUUGCCAAAGUUCCAUUGAAGCUUGAUACGUCCGAGUAUUCCGAAUGGGUGCAGACCUGGGAGGCCUGUAACAUUGUAGCCAUCAGUGUGAGCAUUGGCUGCGGCCUACCGCUAUUUUCCCAGGUAUACGAGUCUCCAUCACCAAGUCAGUUUGAAUCCUCUUCAUCUGAGUCACCUUUUUAUUUGCGCCUUCAAAUAGAACGGUUCAGGCUUCGUGUCUCCUUAUCGUUGGCGAGACCUAUGCCGACAGGUGGCGAGGGCGCCCUGACGCGUGAACGAUCCACGAUGUAUCAUCUACUGAACUUGGAUUUGGAUGAGCUUGAGAAGGAAUGUUCUGGGUCAUGCGACACCGAGUCUUGGUAUCUCCAGGCUGCAAGACUCCAUCUUCAGGCAUUCUACCUUUUCGAUCAUUCUGCAAUGGAGGCCUACAAAGACCGGAUUGUUGGACUUUUCUCCACAGCCUACAAUCUUCUGGACCUCGGCCAACGGCUUAAUGCAAGACUCCAAGGCUUUUUCAAUCACUGCCCUUUCUUUUGUUACCAGACAUAUGUCAACGCUGCAUUCGUGCUGCUCAAAAUUCUUACAAAUGGGUUUUUCAACCCCAUCGUAGAUGCCAAGGCUGGUAAACAACUUCUUGAGUCUUCCAUCACAGGCCUUCGGCAGAUGAGUGUUGCGAAUAACGAUCUACCUGCUCGUCUAGGUGAUGUCAUCGGCUUCUUUUGCGCCCUUCCCGAUCCCGCAGUUGUCGGAGGUGUCACGCUCAUAGAUUUGCAGUUAAAACAAGUCAGGAAUAGGCUAAGUAUGAGCGUGGUGUACGAUUCUUUGUGGACAUGGAGGAGGUACUUUCAAAUUCAUCAGUCGGAUACUGAUGGAAGUGACAAUAUACAAGAUAAGUCCCACUCAAACCUUUUCCUUUAA